AUGUUCAGCUCUAAAAAUAAUUCUAAUAAUAUGCAAAUUUGGUACAUGGAACCAUAUCCUUGCGGUGACAUGAGACUACCACACCAUGUUUAUCCACCAAAAACAAUUACUUUAGAUCAAUUGAAAUUAUUAACUGGAAUCCAACAAUAUAAAGUUGACCUUGCUGAUACUCAAGCUCUUAAAAAAAGAAUUUCAUCUGUCAAAACAGAAAAAAAUUGUAAUGCUUCUGAUAUGUUUGUUCUUUCUAAAGAAACUCCUGAUCUUGAUGAAAAGCUUGAAAAUUUAUGUGAACCAACAGUUAAAACAGUUGAUACUGUUAGUUUAAUUCUUGAUGGAAGCUGUUAUUAUGAUAUUGAAAAAGAAGAAGAUCAAUGGAUACGUAUUUAUCUUGAAAAAGGAGAUUUUAUAAUCAUUCCUAGUGGAAAAAAUAUUCGCUUUACAACAACCCCUCAAAAUUAUGUUAAAAUUCAAAGAUUUUUUAAUACAUCUACCAAGGAGAAGUGA